UCUCUUCUUUUGCUUGUGGUUUAGGUUUUGAGAAUUGAGAGCAAAAGAAAAAACGAAGACGCGUCAAAGGUAUUGAAAUGUGUCUAUUGCUUCUUGCUUCUUCUGGUUUAUGGGUUCCUGCGACGUGUUGAGAGUGUUGUUUGGUUUAGCUGUCUGGUGCAUUGCUUAUAUAACUGUUGCAAUCUUUGCAUCUUUUAGAAUCUUUCACUCUAUUUGUUCAAUUUGAAGAGUGUUUUUUGUGGAGGUUUGCUCGCUAGCUACAAUGGGUUACGCUCAGCUUGUCAUCGGUCCAGCAGGCAGUGGAAAGUCAACUUAUUGCUCCUCUUUGUAUGAACACUGCGAAACUAUCGGUCGAACAAUGAAUGUUGUUAACCUUGAUCCUGCUGCGGAAAUCUUCAAUUAUCCUGUGGCUAUGGAUAUCAGAGAACUUGUUUCUUUGGAAGAUGUCAUGGAGGAGCUAAAGCUUGGUCCUAAUGGCGCCCUCAUGUAUUGCAUGGAGUACCUUGAGGAUAGCUUGCAUGAUUGGGUAGAUGAAGAAUUGGAGAACUACAGGGACGAUGAUUACCUUAUAUUUGAUUGUCCAGGUCAGAUUGAGCUGUUUACACAUGUUCCUGUGCUCAAGAACUUUGUGGAGCAUUUGAAGCAGAAGAACUUCAACGUCUGUGUUGUUUAUCUGCUUGAUUCACAGUUCAUAACAGAUGUAACCAAGUUUAUCAGUGGUUGCAUGUCAUCUCUCGCUGCAAUGAUCCAGCUUGAAUUACCACAUGUCAACAUCCUCUCAAAGAUGGACCUCUUGCAGGAUAAAAGCAACAUUGAUGACUACUUGAAUCCGGAGCCUCGCACAUUGCUGGCAGAGUUAAACAAAAGGAUGGGUCCUCAAUUUGCAAAACUGAACAAAGCCUUGAUUGAGAUGGUGGGAGAGUAUGGGAUGGUGAAUUUCAUACCCCUUAACUUGAGGAAAGAUAGGAGCAUUCAAUAUGUUCUUUCGCAAAUCGACGUUUGUAUUCAGUUUGGAGAAGACGCUGAUGUGAAGAUCAAAGAUGAGGAUGAGGAUGAGGAUGAAGAUUUUGGUGACGAUGGUCCUGAUUCAUAAGUUGUGUUCGGUUUCUACGACUUUUGGCUUGAAAUCUUGGUCUCAUUGCCCUUGUCAGAGACCAAUGAGUUUGUGAGAACUACUUUACUGCUGACUAUCAAAAGCCUUAAAUGAGAGACUUUCAAAAUUGUCAGAAUUUCUCAAAUCAAAUUAUCAAUUCAGUUGCAUUUUAAAUCCA